CUGCUGUAUUUGUUUUCUAUUUAUUUCUCGUUUUGUCUGUUUGGCUAAUGGCUACUAGAAGCGAAGCAAUACCUGAAAAGGUUCUCAAGUACGAAGCGUUGUUAAAUGAAACAUUGAGGGGAGAUUUGCUUAAACUGACAAAAUUACGUGAUAAAUGUUAUGAGGAGAUCUCCCAGUACCUACAACUUCAAAUUAUUAUAGAACGGCGAGAGGUGGAUGGUACGAAACCACUAAAAGCGCAAGUUGAUCUAGGAUGUGACUUUUAUGCUCAAGCAAUUGUGGAGGAUCCAAGCAAAAUCUUUGUAUGUGUUGGCUAUGGAUUUUAUGUGGAAUUCACAGACAAAGAAGCACUUGCUUUUAUUAAAAAAAAAACUGAACGAAUAACCGCAACGGCAGAAAAAUUGACAAUUGAAAUGGCUUCUGUUAGAGCCCAAAUUCGUUUGGUAUUGGAAGGUUUAAAGGAGCUUCAAGGAUUAAGUGAAUAGAAUGAAGAAAUCCACCAUAAAACCUUUGACUUCCUUCAUCCCACCUUUGUCAAUCAUGUCCUCCAAUUGAUUCCUGAGAAGUGUCUUAAACAUAAUUUACUGCAGCACUAAUUGGUGUAUUACUGUAAUGGUUCAUUACUGAUGUACCGAAUUUAAAACCCGCAACAAAACUGCAAUAUAUUCUUUCUUAAAUUAAUGCUGCAUUUUUUUCUUUAGGUCUAGUAUUG